AUGUCGGUCCUUGUCUCGUUUCAGCCUGGCCACGCCGUUAUCCUGCUCGUGAUUGUGGUGGCAAUCCCUUUAAUCUCCAGACUUGUGCGGAAGUCGAAGUAUCGAUAUCCGCCCGGGCCCAAAGGCAUACCUGUUUUCGGAAAUCUGUUUCAGCUUCCUCCGAAAUACCCAAGUGCCCAAUUGAUGGAAUGGGGCAAGCAAUAUGGAGAUCUGUACGUCCAGCUCCAGCCAUACAGCACUUGCAGAGGGCUGAUCAUUGAUUUUGAAGCGGGUGUUGACGGUGACUUCAGGUUCACGGUGCAACUCGGCGCGAGAAGAUGGGUCUUUCUCAACUCUAUGGAGACAGCUCGAGAACUCCUUGACCGCCGCGGAAGGCUGUACAUCGGCCGCCCAGAGUUUCCGGUCACCCAAGACAUUCUCUCGGGAGGAAACAGAAUCGUCAUGAUGACUCAUACUGAGAGAUGGAGGAACCUCAGAAAGAUCAUGCAUCAGCUUCUGAUGGCAAGUAAUUCAGAGACGUACAAGCCGUUCCAGGAUGUUGAGUCGAGAGCACUUGUCUGGCAAUAUUUGAAGGAGCCGGACAAGUUCUACGAGCACGGAGCUCGUUUUGCAAACUCAGGUAUAUGCUGCUUCCAUCAGUCGUGUCUCUGGCUGACCAUUGAUGCCGCAGUGAUUUUCUCCGUUGUCUUUGGCCGUCGGACGAGUAUGAGGGACCAAAAUGUGCAACUCCUCUUCUCGACCAUCGAAGAUUUCUUGGGAUCACAAGCGUCACCAUCAACUAGCCUAGUCGAGCAGUUUCCCUGGCUUGUGAAGCUCAUCCCAAGGCCCUUGCAGUGGUUCCGGCCUGAAGCAGAAAGGAUAUACAAGAAAACUCUUGGGGUCUACGCAGCUUUUCUCGACGAUCUCGAGCAGCGCAUAAAAGAUGGGCAGGAUCCCAAAUGUUUUGCCAGAGACAUGACAGAGCUGGCCAACAAAUACGGCUUCGAUGAUGCUCAGAAGUAUUUCUGUGCUGGCUCGAUAAUUGAGGCAGGCAGUGAUACCACCCGAAAUCAAAUCAAUAUUCUACUGGCAGCGGCCGCAAAGUUUCCAGCUUGGGUUGUCACUGCUCAAAGCCAGCUAGAUGAGGUUUGCGGCAAAGCCUCGAGAUUACCCUCGUUCGAGGACUGGGACCAAUUGCCAUACAUAGUGGCAGUAAUCAAGGAAAGUCUCAGGUGGCGACCAAACAUGACAGGCUCGGGAACUCCCAGAGCCUUGAUCGAAGACGACACAUAUGGUGGCUUUGUGUUUGAGAAAGGGACAACAUUCAGCUACAACCACUUUGCCAUUAGUCACAACGAGAAAGAAUUUCCAAGAAACGAGGUGUUUCUCCCCGAGAGAUUCCUCAAUGCCGACCUUCAGGACAUGUUGAAAGGGCAUCUCGGCUUCGGCGCCGGUCCAGAUGCAUCAGGGUUGAUCGCUCAUCGCACGGCCGACUGCACCCAGCGCAUCCUCCCCAAAAAUCUGAACCAGCCGACUCACACCAAUGAAACAUAUUUUGCUUUCAUGUGUGCCGGCGCUGCAUUUGUCAAGAGCCUCAAAUUUGCCCUGGACGACGACCCAAUGGUUGACGAAGUUGCACGGAAAGUGAUGUUGCAUAUGUCUUCGGACGGCGAGACAGUGGCCGGGCCGUACAACAACGAAUAUUUCAUCGUGCUUUCGAUGACUGAAGAUGGCACCAAGAUCAAGGAGAUCACCGAGUUCCUUGACAGUCGGACAUUCCUUUGGGUGACAGAGGCGAUCCAGAAAGUUAUCAAAGAAAGCCAGGAGCAGGCAUGA